AUGCGUUUCUCAACACUCUCUACACUUUUGAGCGCAAGCUCGCUCUUUGCGUCGGCGGUGAGCGCAUAUUCUUCCUCGGCAAUCGACAACGUCGCAGUCUACUGGGGCCAGGCAUCUGCCGGAUCGCAGGAUUCACUGGCGACGUAUUGCGAGAGCGAUAGUGUCGAUAUCGUGAUUCUUGCGUUUCUGACGACCUUCUUUGGGUCUGAUGAUCUGCCAGAGAUAAAUUUUGCCAAUGCUUGCUCGGAUACUUUUUCGGGGACUACGCUCUUGCAGUGCGACCAGAUUGCAUCUGAUAUUGCGACCUGCCAGUCAAAAGGCAAGAAGGUGCUUCUCUCUCUGGGAGGCGCUGUUGGAACAUAUGGCUUUACGGACGACUCUGAGGCCUCAGACUUUGCGACUACGCUAUGGAACAUGUUUGGUGGUGGUGAUUCGGACUACAGACCAUUUGGCACGUCGAUUGUCGACGGAUUUGAUCUCGAUAUUGAGAACAAUGAACCGACCGGGUACGCUGCAUUUGUGACGCAGAUGCGCACGUUGUAUAGCGGCGGCGAUUACUACAUCUCUGCCGCACCGCAGUGUCCGUUCCCGGAUGCGAGCAUCGGCGACGCUCUUGACAGCGCGUGGUUUGAUUUCGUGUUUAUCCAGUUCUACAACAACAACUGCGGCGUGACUAAUCCCGAUAACUUCAACUACGACACCGACUGGAUGACGUGGGUGACUUCGACGUCGCUCAACUCUGACGUGAGGUUGUAUGUCGGUGUUCCCGGAAGUUCGUCAGCGGCUGGAUCUGGAUAUGCUACGCCUUCGGAACUGCAGUCUUUGAUGAGCGAUAUCUCGGAUAAGUCGAGUCUCGGUGGUGUCAUGAUUUGGGACGCUAGUCAGGCGUUUACGAAUGAGAUUGAUGGGGUGGAGUUUAUUGAUGGAAUCAAGAGCAUGCUUGGUAGUUUGGAUGGCUCGUCUGACAGCAGUAGCAGCGGAACGACCACAGCAGCAUCUUCGACGUCGACUACUGCUGCUGCGGUUGUGUCUACUUCGUUGACUUCAUCCGAGGCACAGAAUUUCUAUGUUGCUUCUUCUGCGACUACCUCGUCGGUAUAUGUCGCACCGACGACAACAUCUGCAUCGAGCACUUCGACAGCUGCAUCGAGCACUUCAACUACAUUCUACAGCGCUGCGCCUACGGCCUCGUCAACAGCGGAUGAGUCGACAUCUACAGUUACGGUGCCCAACCCUUCGACGUUGACUAUCACAAACUAUGUGACGAUGACGGUGUCGAAUUCAUCGGGAGCGUCAACUUUGUCGACACUUACUACGAUCUCGACAGCAGCAGUGAUGAAUCUAUACGUGAACAGCACGUCGGCUUCGACUGCUACGUCGACUACUUCCGAGGUUCUUCCUUCUGCCACGGCCAGCACGAGCAAUUGCACAGAUCUGACCGGCACCCCGCUGGCGGCCUGCAUGAACGAGUAUUACCAGACGGUGUCGGCGUCGGAUGCCUGCACAUUAGGCGAAGUUGGCUGUAUCGGCGAUUUAUUCGCGCAGUGCGGCUACGGGACGUGGUCUACGUUCGCAUGUGGCACAGGAACUGUUUGUCGCGCGCUGCCGUCAGGAGACGAGACGUCGACGGAGUUUGCGAUUGCGUGUGAUUCGGAGGCUGAUAUCGCGGUUCGGUUUGGGACCUCGUCAAAGAAGGUGAAGAGGAACGGGCUGGUGAGACGGAAUCAUAGACACCAUGGACAUGCGCGACAUAUUGGCUGA